UGCCAACCUAUACUUUAAAUAUAUGACAAGGGUUAGUAAUACAUCAUUAUUACGAAGAAUUAAUGCACCCAUGCCACCCUCACAAUGUACUUAUUCUUUCCUUUUUUUCUCUUAAAAUAUCUAAUUUUUUUAUUUAUUUAAUUUUGUUCCAUUGUGAUAGACUUCUUUAAAUAUGAAGGGUUUUUCUUGCCUCCUUUCUCAUGCACUAGUCACUAGAGUUUAGGCCAUGGAGUUGGGAGAAUCCUCAAUUUCUUGCGAGGCAUCAAAUGUUAAGGGCAAGCAAUCUCCAAACCCAUCAUUUCUCACUCGGCUAGGGAUCAAUGAAAUCUACACAUUAGAGAUGUGGAGGGCAGCAGUUACUGAGCUGGUAGCAACUGGUACCUUUCUAUUUACACUCUCAACAACAAUCAUCGCAUGCCUGGAAUCGCACGAGUCUGACCCUAAACUUCUAAUUCCGAUUGCUGUCUUCUUCAUUGCUUUCCUUUGGCUUAUGGUGACAGUUCCGUUAUCUGGUGGCCUUUUUAGCCCAGCUUUCUCGUUCAUUGCAGCCCUAAGAGGUGUUAUAACUUUUGUUCGUGCUCUGUUCUAUUCUUUGGGACAACUUUUGGGUGCACUGAUAGCUUAUCUUAUACUGAAGGGUGUAAUGGACCCCAAUAUGGCACAUAAGUAUGCCUUAGCUGGCUGCAUGGUUAAUGGAAAUGGAGCAGGAGUAAGCGUUGGGACAGCACUAAUAAUUGAGAUUUUAUGCACUUUUAUGGUGCUAUAUGUUGCUAUGACCAUAAUUUUGGACAAGCAAAAGUGCAUGGAUUUAGGCCUGACUACGGUAUGCGUGAUAAUAUCAGGAAUCUAUGCGGCAUCUGUUUUUGUUUCGAUAACAGUAACUGGGCGGCCUGGCUAUGGUGGUGUGGGGCUGAACCCUGCAAGGUGCUUAGGUCCAGUGCUGUUGAUGGGUGGGGCGUUAUGGGAAGGGCAUUGGGUCUUUUGGGUAGGGCCGUUUUGUGCUUGCAUGAUUUAUUAUGCUUAUAGUCUGAUGUUACCAAAGCGAGGAUUUGUGAGAGCAGAUAUAGAGGAAGACAUUAUUAAGCUAGUUAGGGCUUCUUGUUCAGGAUCUGAUUGUCCCUCUUGUGUUGAGAAGAAAGUGACUUCUCUGUACGAAAAGAUUUUGUAUAAACUUUCUUUUGGUUUCAUCUGUGAUUAGCUGCCUGGUAGAAGGUAGCUUUUUGUUUGGGGGGAGUGCUUAGAAAAUGGAAAAUCUAAGCCUAGUUGAGAAAUUUUUAUUUUGUGAGGAGCUCAAAAGUCAAUAUAAUUUGAUGAAAGAAUUAAAAUAUUCA